CUCCGGUGGAGCUGCUGCCUCCUCUCCUCUCCUCUCCUCUCCUCCUCUCCUGGUGCAUUGUGGUCUCUGCGCUAAAGGAAGCUGCUGCUGCACCGGAAUCUGAAGAAUUUGAGGCGUCCGCCAAGUCUGCUCUCCGUCGGCUGCUCGUCUCUUCGCUCCCUGCUUCUCCAUCUAGUUGUUCAGCCCAGCCUUCCUGCCGACGCGCUGCACGGUUGACCGAGGAGGAAGGAAAAAAAAAUGUCUCAGGCGGACAAAAUGAAGCAGGGGCAGUUCACCAACCCAGAGACCCCGGGGUACGUUGGAUUUGCCAACCUUCCAAACCAGGUUCAUCGCAAGUCCGUCAAGAAAGGUUUUGAGUUCACUCUCAUGGUUGUAGGUGAGUCUGGCCUUGGAAAAUCCACCUUGAUCAACAGCCUCUUCCUUACUGAUCUUUACCCUGAGAGAGUCAUCCCCGGAGCAGCAGAAAAGAUCGAGAGGACGGUUCAGAUCGAAGCGUCAACGGUAGAAAUCGAGGAGCGAGGAGUGAAGCUCCGCCUCACGGUUGUAGAUACUCCAGGAUACGGAGACGCCAUCAAUAGCCAAGACUGUUUCAGCACCAUUAUCGCCUACAUCGAUGACCAGUUUGAGCGCUACCUCCACGACGAAAGUGGCCUUAACCGGAGACACAUUGUUGACAACAGGGUUCACUGCUGCUUCUACUUCAUCUCCCCUCUUGGCCAUGGCCUGAAGCCUCUGGAUGUGCAGUUCAUGAAGGCCAUCCACAACAAGGUGAACGUGGUUCCCGUCAUCGCCAAGGCCGACACGCUCACCCUCAGAGAGAGGGAGAGGCUGAAGCGCAGGAUUCUCGAUGAGAUCGAUGAGCAGGGCAUCAAGAUUUAUCACCUUCCUGAUGCCGAGUCAGAUGAAGAUGAAGACUUCAAGGAGCAGACCAGAAUCCUCAAGGCCAGCAUCCCAUUUGCAGUGGUGGGGUCCAACCAGCAGAUUGAGGCCAAAGGGAAGAAGGUCAGGGGCCGCCUGUACCCGUGGGGCGUGGUGGAAGUGGAGAACCCAGAACACAAUGACUUCCUGAAGCUGCGAACCAUGCUGAUAACCCACAUGCAAGAUCUACAGGAAGUAACCCAGGACCUGCACUAUGAGAACUUCCGCUCAGAUCGCCUCAAACGGGGUGGCAGGUUGUCAUCACACGGUUACGUUCUGCCUCUGUCUCCUGCGAAGGCGCCGGAGCCAGAGGAAAUGGACAAGGACAUGAUCCUGCAAGAGAAGGAGGCCGAGCUGAGGAGAAUGCAAGAGAUGAUCGCCAAGAUGCAGGCCCAGAUGCAGAAUCAAGGAGAGGGAGACGGUCAACAUUUGUAAAAAACCUUUGGUGGUUAAAUGACCGACGAGCAACGGACCCCCUAAUGUUUGCCACUUUUGAUCUUUUAGCUCCACAUAGGACUUGAAGUCAUUUUUUUAUACAAUUAGUUGGGUAUAUUCAAUGUUAUGUUUAUACAUUCACAUUUAAAUAUUCAUUUUCUUCUUUUAUGUAUCUUUUUUUUUAAUGUAGUGAAAUGAAGUGAAGUCAUCCAUGUACCGAGAUGGUGGCGCAGAAGUUACUGGGAUGUUCUGUUACAUUUAUUUAAUUUUUAUUACUUCUGUUCAGAAAGCCAAAGUGUUGCUGCAUCUGUUCAGUGGUUUGUGAAGAAUAAUUGGGAGAUCCAACUAAUGUGACAACUAUAUAAAAUGGCUAAACCCCCAUUAGUUUUUAACCCGUUGUUACCCAGAUGUGACUGCCAUUAACCGGGACCUUUCCUGCUCUCUGAUGUCUCCCACUUUAAAAGCUUGCAGCCUCAGGCAGACCCUGUGCUGUUGUACCCAGUAGUGCUGUUCUCAGAUCAGCGUAGCCAUAUAAAACUGCCUUUCACUGUGCUUAAGCUCUGAGCUGAGCUCCGACAGUCUUCCUGUGCACCCGACUACCACGCCGUGCGUUUGCUCCAAGCAGCCUCUCCGGGUUCAAGCGAAGGCCAAUCAGCAGUAGCGGCGAGCGAGUUCUAGGUUUGGUUGAUGCAGCGAUUUUUGGGAUGGUACGAGCACGUCCCGUCUGCUGAGAACUUAGCAGUACUGUGGUCACAGAGGAUGACCCAAUGAGAUCUGUGUAGCCGACGUUCCCCAAACCAGCCAAAAUGGGAGUUCCUGACAUUCCUCUUUGUGCUGUUUCUACCCAACGUUUUAAGUACCAAAUAUUGUUCUUAAUGCAUAUAUUAUAUACCAAAUGUUUAUUAAACCUUUAACAAUCUAA